AAAUUUGAACAGAUUUGAAAUGUUGGUUAGUGGCUGUUAUUCUGAAUUUAGCAUCAAAGAAUUCAUUUUCAGAACACCUGGCCAUCUCCUUUCGAUCCACCCCUUUGCGCUUUUCUCAUGAAGCAUUGAUUCCAUGUGAAAGUGGGUGACUUUCGCAGACCACCACUCUCUUUUUUGUUCGCGAAGGUUGAGAGUCUUUUUCUGUGAUUUCUUCAAGGGUAUUGUAUAGCAAUUACUGUCUGAAUCAAAUUUUAACGGUAAAUCCAACACACCCAAUUGGAAAUAGUGGUUUUGAACAAGUAUUUAUAGGGGAGGACUGAUAAACCACAUUGUCUGUUUGAUGAAUGGCCUCUUAGAGUUUGUCAUUGAACCAUUUGGAGGUUGUUUAUCAUACAGUACAUGGAUGUCCCAAGUGAAGAGUUCCAGGAUCCAGAUCAUCAGUCUUUUGGUUCAAAUACUGUGGGGUGCGUUUCAUGUACUACUUUCAAUAUCCUUGCACCGAUCUACAAGAGAUUAAGCAACAAGCGUUGUGAGAGUGAGUUCAGAGAGUUUUGGCUUCGUAGGAAUGAAAGCAUAUUGGAUAGGCUACUUCAUUUAAAAUCUUCGAUUAUAUGCUUGCAGGAAUUUUGGGUUGGUAAUGAAGACCUUGUAAGCAUGUAUGAGAAGCGACUUGGAGAUGCGGGCUAUGUCACUUAUAAACUUGCUCGGACUAAUAACCGUGGUGAUGGUUUGCUAACAGCAGUCAACAAAAACCAGUUCCGUGUUUUGAAUUCCAGAGAAUUUCUCUUCCAUGACAUUGCUGAUCGUGUGGCCCUGCUUUUACAUGUUGAGCUGCUUGUUUGUUUUCCUCAAAACCAAUCUGCAGAUGUAAAGAAGGAAGCUCUUAUUGUGAAUACACACUUAAUUUUUCCUCAUGACUCGAGCUAUUGCUUCCUCCGUUUACAACAGGUUUACAUGAUUUUACAAUAUAUUGAAUCAUAUUGUGAUGAACACCAACUACCAUCUGUACCUAUCAUCCUAUGUGGGGAUUGGAAUGGAAGCAACAAGGGACAUGUCUAUAAGUUUCUGUGCUCGCAAGGUUUUGUUUCAUCCUAUGACAUUGCUCACAAUUACAUGGACAUUGAUGAAGAUUCCCAUAAGUGGAUCAGUCACCGUAACCAUAGAGGAAAUGUAUGUGGAGUGGACUUUAUAUGGCUCCUCAAUCCUAACAAACAUCGGAAGCCACUUAAAGAAAGCUUUAUGGAAGCACUUCUUGGAAAUAUCACGAACCUACUGCUGAAAGCAUCGACAGGAAGUGUUGAUCCACUACAUUUUUUCGAAAUGGAUGGCAGUUACAUUACUUACUCUCAGUUCUGCCAAGCUCUUGCUAAGCUAGGGGUAUGUGGGAGUUCUCAUAGUGACCUAUGCAAUGAAGAUACAAAAAAAUUAUGGGAACAUCUAGAUACAGAUAGAAAUGGAGUCAUUGAUCUUUUGCAAUAUUCUAGGGCACAGAACCUGCAUCCUUCACUUCUACAGAAGGAAGACACUGAAGAAAAUGGGGGACAGAUAAAAGAAAUGUUUGACACUUCUACCUCUACAACUAUGAUUGGUUUCAAUGUCAAAAAUGCAAUGCUCUUCCCUCCAGAAGUUGAGAAAGGGAUGUGGCCUGAGAAUUAUUCACUAUCUGAUCAUGCACACUUAACUGUGGAGUUUUCCCUAGUGGAAAUGAACUGUACCUGAGCAGUUUUUUCCAUUCCAUGUGAAUAAAACAUAUUAGUUUUGGCACUCAGGUUACUUCAUGAUCAAAUUGGAGUCACAUUUUUUGUUGAUCUUAGAGCAUAUAAUGAUUUGCUAGCUUUUGAAUGCUCCCAUGGAGAUUCCAUGUAAACCUCAGCAUUGCUUGUAGCAUGAAUUGUAUCACAUUUAUUGCUUGGGAGA